AUGGCGUCGGAAUAUAAGGAUUCCUCUGGUAGAAUUAGGUGUCCGUGUGUUAGAUGCAUAAAUAAUAGGCUUGAAACUUUACCUGUGGUGAAAGCACACGUAUUCGAUUGGGGUUUUCAUCGAGGUUACGAGAAGUGGAUAUAUCACGGUGAAGCGGAAGCAGAUGUGGCCAAUGCGGUGGACGCCAACGAUGAUGAUGUUGAUGAGAUGAUUCCAAUGGCCGAAGACUUCCUUCUACCUACAACUGAAGAAGUUGAAAAGAAUCCUGCGGCAGGACAAUUUUAUGACGAUCUGUUUGACGAGAUAGAGGCUGAGUUAUAUCCUGGUUGUAAUUGGAUAUCUUCUCUUAACUUUUUAGCAAAAUUAUUGCAUUUGAAAGUUAGAGGCAAGAUUCCCAAUAAAAUCUUCGAUGAAUUACUGAAAUUACUAAAGCUUUCAUUUCCGAAGGGAAAUAAAAUUCCAUCAACCUACUACGAGGCUAAAAAAAGAUUACAGAAGUUAGGGUUAGGGUACGAGUCAAUUCAUGUAUGUGAACAUGAUUGUUGUUUGUUUUACAAAGAGCAUUCAACUAAAGAGACUUGUCCAAUUUGCAGAAGUAGUAGAUGGAUUUCUCCUGAAAAAACUGCUGCAAAAAAGGUACCACAUAAGGUAAUGCGUUACUUUCCAUUAGCUCCUCGAUUAAAACGACUGUACAGUUCAAGACUUACAGCGAAGCAAAUGUUAUGGCACUAUACUGGGAAAUCAAAAGACGAUGGGAUAAUGAGACACCCAGUGGAUGGGUUAGCGUGGAAGGAUUUCGAUGCCAAACAUCUUGAUUUUGCUAGUGAACCUCGGAAUGUUCGUUUAGGUUUAGCUGCAGAUGGUUUCAAUCCGUUUGGCAACAUGAGUCAAGCAUAUAGUAUGUGGCCUAUGGUGUUGGCUAACUACAAUCUUCCACCUUGGAUGUGUAUGAAAGAUAAUAAUUUCAUAUUAUCCAUUCUUAUUCCUGGACCAAAAUCACCGGGAAAGGACAUGGAUAUAUUCUUGAGACCAUUGGUGGAUGAGUUAAAGGAGUUGUGGGUUAAUGGUGUCGAUACAAGAGAUAGUAUAACCAACACUAUGUUCAAAAGAUUCCUUCCAAGUAACCAUCGAAUGAGAAGAGACACUCAGUUUGACGGACAAAUCGAGAGAAGACGUCCACCAAGAUGUUUUACUUGUGAGGAAAUAUUAGAACAAGUAAACAAACUUGUACCACAAGUUCUUGGAAAACACGAGAUGUUUGGAGGUGUCAAACGUAGGCGUAUUGCAGAAGAUCAAAAUUGGAGGAAGAAAAGCAUAUUUUAUGAGCUUGAUUAUUGGUCUUCCAACACUUUAAAACACAACAUUGAUGUCAUGCAUGUGGAGAAGAAUGUGUGUGAUAGUUUGUUAGGCACAAUUUUGGAUAAUGAUAAAUCCAAGGACACCACUAAUGCAAGACAUGAUUUGAAAAGGUUUGGAGUAAGGGAAUCGUUGUGGAUAUAUGAAGAUGACAGCGGAAAGUUAAUGAAGCCUCAUGCUCCUUAUGUUCUCACAUCUGAUCAAAGAAUGCAGUUUUGUAAAUUUAUUCGAGAUGUGAAAUUUCCAGAUAAUUUUUGUUCCAAUUUAAAGAAGAAAGUAAAUGUUGAUUUAACAAAUAUCAACGGUUUAAAGUCACACGACAGUCAUGUAAUAAUGCAACGAUUACUAUCAGUGGGUGUUCGCAAGUUUCUUUCAAAGAGUAUAUCGACUACCAUUUCUGAGUUAUGUAACAUUUUUAGGCAAAUUUGUGCAAGAACUAUAAAGAAUUACGUUGGAAAUAAAGCUCGUCCUAAAGGGUCGAUAGCCGAGGGUUAUGUUGCAGAUGAGGCUUUGACAUAUUGUUCGGUGUAUUUCAAAGGUGUUGAAACAAGAUUUAAUCGUCUUGAUCGCAAUGAAGAUGAGGUGACACCAAGAAAUCUUUUUGUAUUUCAAUCGCAAUGUCGACCUAUAACAAAAGAAACUCUAAAGCCUCUUGAUCGUGCGACUCGUGAACAAGCAGAGUGUGAACACUUAGAAGAAAUCAAACACAAAUAUCAGGAUGGAGAUCAUAACAUUUUACAUAAGAAAUAUUUUCAGCGACGGUUUCACAAGAAGAUAUACGACUUACAAAAACUUGGAUCGUUAGAUAAUGGUGACGAGUUGCUAGCUUUAGCAUCUGGAUCAGAUCAUUUAGGAGCUUAUUACGAAGGUUGUAUAGUGAAUGGUGUCCGAUUUAUGUCAACCAAACGAGAUUUAAAGAGGAGCACUCAAAACAGUGGAGUAUUUGUUGCUGGAACAGAAGAUUUUAACUAUUAUGGAAUACUUGAAGAAGUAUUAAAGUUAACAUUUACUGGCUCAUAUUCUGUGACAUUGUUCAAGUGUAAGUGGUUUAAUACAGAUCCAAGAAGGAAAAAAAUAAUUAUAGAGAAUAAUAUUACUAGUAUAAACACUAGCGGGGAGUGGUACAAGGAUGACCCAUAUAAACUUGCAAAUCAAGUGAAGCAAGUAUUUUAUCUCGAUGAUUUACUUAGAGGAAAUCAGUGGAAAGUUGUUGAGGGUGUAAACCAUCGACAAAUUUGGGACGUCGAGAACUGUGAAGCUAAUUCAGACGUUGAUGUGGUACAUGAUAUUAGCUCAUUAAAUUUUGUGUUGACUGUGGAUCUCGGCGAGUUGGUUAUGCUACCUACUCAAAAUUCGAUUGACAUUAGUACAGUACAAAAUUUAAAUGUUAGUCAAGAGGAUCACGAGUUAGGCGAUGAAGAAGCAAAUGAAGAAUUAGAUGAAGAAGAUGAUUUAUUAAUUGAUUUUUGUGAAGAUGAUGCUAAUGUUAAUUUAGUUAAUGAUGAAAGUGACAGUGAUUAUUAG